AUGGGUCGUAUGCAUUCACCUGGUAAGGGUAUAUCCCAAAGUGCACUUCCGUACCGUAGAACGGUUCCAACAUGGUUGAAACUAACGGCCGAUGAAGUUAAAGAGCAAAUCUACAAAUUGGGCAAAAAGGGUCUCACUCCAUCUCAAAUCGGUGUAAUUUUAAGGGAUUCUCACGGAGUCGCCCAAGUAAGAUUUGUCACUGGAAACAAAAUUUUAAGAAUAAUGAAAGCUGUGGGUCACGUUCCAGACUUGCCUGAAGAUUUAUAUUACCUAAUUAAAAAGGCAGUAGCUAUUCGAAGGCAUUUAGAAAGAAACAGAAAAGACAAGGAUUCAAAAUUUAGACUUAUUCUUGUCGAGUCUAGAAUUCACAGGCUUGCCCGUUAUUACAAAACGAAAAGAGUUUUACCACCUAACUGGAAAUAUGAAUCCAGUACAGCUUCUGCUCUUGUAGCUUAA